CUGCGCUGCGCUAUCCAUGGUAUCUGAACAAAAAAAAAAACAAGCCUCCCCCUGAGAGAGCUGCGGCAGACCCGUUAGUGGCAGGUUGUUUUCAAGUGAUGCUGGCGGGCGACAGAAGGCUAAAGUAUUCACAGAGGAGACAAAAGGAUGAUAUGCUUUCACCUGAGCCGAUUGUUGGCGCUUUUCGGGAUAUUUUGCGCCAUGCGAGGAGCGUCCGUCGUCCAGGGUGCACGAGAUUUCGAAAAAAAAGUGUCUAUACUGCUGAAAGAGGAGCCAGCAAACCCCAAGUGCUUCGCUGAAGGCAGGAAGGACUUCACAUGCUUCUGGGAGGAAGAUGAGGAGAGGGCCGGCUCUGUGGACCAGUACUCUUUCACGUACAGCUACCAGAAGGAAAACAGCAGCAGGUGCCCACUGAGAGCCCUCCCUCUAGUGGGCGGAAAAAGGCUGUUUGUCUGCCACCUGAACCAACCCCAGAUGUUUGUCCAAAUGGACUUACGAGUUCAUCGAGAGGGAACGCUGAUCCACAAUCGCAGCCUUCUCAUCGAGCUUGUCUUUCUCCUGGACCCUCCUGCUAACGUGACGGUGAACAGCACCGGUGAGAAAGGCCAGCUGAAUGUCAGCUGGAUGGUUCCUCCUCUCAAGUACAUGUAUGACAGCAUGAUGUACCAGGUCAACUACACCGCGGCGGACAGUCACGCGGGGCAGGUGGAGGUGGUAAGAGCCAACUCAGAGUUGAUCCUGAGAGGCCUGCAGCCAGGCACGAAGUACAAGGUGCGAGUGCGUGUAAAGAUGGACGGGAUUAGCUACAACGGCUACUGGAGCGCCUGGAGUGACCCGGUGUUCAUGGAAACACCGCCUGCAGAACUCGACCUACUUAUCGUGUCCCUGAUGCUCAUCAUCUCUCUCAUCCUCAUUGCUCUGUCUCUCACCAUGCUCCUGUCCCAACGGAGGUUUGUCAUAAAGAAGAUUUGGCCGACUAUUCCAACUCCUGACAGCAAGUUCCAAGGCCUUUUCACUGUUUAUGGUGGGGACUUUAAGGAGUGGUUAGGUCAGACCAACGGAGGCAUAUGGUUGACUCCAGAGUACUUCUACUCAGAAGAAAGCCCUUCUCCUCUGGAGGUCCUGUCAGAGUUCAGUCCUUGCCCCUCGCUGCCUUUCCCACCUCUGCCACCCAAGGCUUUUAAAGCUUCGACCACAGGCAGAAAGGAGGACAAGGAUGGAAUGAAAGGGCUGGUCGAGAGAGAGCCGUUGGAAAGGGGUGAUUCGGCGUUGACAGAGCGAUGGAGAGCUACACCACACGACCACUGGCUGAUGGACCGCUUAAGGGUGCUCCACCAGAACCCAGUUCCCUGCUCCAAGUCCUCUCUGCUGGAGUCCCAAGACGCCUACGUCACCCUCAGUGGCAACAGCCAAAGAGAAGACGGUCACUUGGACGAUGCUCUCGAGGAGGCCUUACCGCUUGAGGUGCUUUUCGCCUCCAGUAAGACGGUGUCAUGUGAAUCUCACUCCGACCUGGGAUCCGGGCAGCAGAGCUCCGGCCUUUCGUCACAGUCCAGCUUUGAGUACCCAAACCACGCCUGGAUGCCCAAAGGCCCCGGGUACACCUACAUGGCAGUGGCAGACUCGGGGGUCUCUAUGGAUUACAGCCCCAUGAGUCGAGUAGGCGACAUUGGAAAUGUGGUCAUCUACGCCAAUGAGUACAAGAACGAGAUACCUGCUCUUAGAAGACCCUUCCUGCCGAGGCAGCACAUGGACUGAGCCUUGAAGCAGGCUCAGUGGAAGGUUUUUGGAUAUCCACCCAAAGUUACAUAUAGCCUCUCAACAACUGUUAACAAAGGUGGACCAAGAAUUUGGAGCAGGCUGACACCGAAGUGUAAGCUGAAGGACUCAGGAGGAAGAGUCCGCUGGAUGUACAUACAGAACAUUGUUUCUACUUUAUCCAAACCACAGCAGUGGUUUACAGCAAAUACUGAUAUUCAGUGAAAAACUCUGCUUGCUGACCUGUAAGUAUCCUAGCCUGUAGAUCAGAGCAGCUUUUCUUUUAUACAAUCCACCAAAAUUCAAGUUGAGGGAGUGUUUACAUAGUGGUUUAUGCAAAUUUGAGCUAAGUGUGCUUUUAAAUCAUAAAUGACAGAAUGGCUAUUGGGUUAAAUUACAGAACAGACCGCCUGAAAUGGAAGACUUUGAUGUGAGGAUAUAGGGCUGGUGGUAUAUAACAUUUUUUGUAUUGUCAACCAACCCUGCAUAUAAGUGUUGCCUGUCUAACCAAAGCCUGAUAUAGCUUAAACUCUGAGCAUUCAACCGUUUUUAUAUUGUGAACACUCGCAAGUCGUUAACAACAGAAUCUUUCCCAUUUCUACCAUUCAUCCCCUAUGCUGUGAACGGGGUGAGGCCCAGCAAUGCUUUCUGCUAAAUUAGCACUAAAUGCAAAGCACAGCUGAGGCUAAUGGGAAUGCCAUGUUUGCAGGUAUUAGGUCAUAAACCAAAGUAUUAGAAACAUUUGAUGUGAUGAUGGCAGUAGAUUGAACACUUCAACCUCUGGGGACAUUGAAUGGUUCCACAAAUUUCAUUGCGAACCAUUAAAUAAUUGUUAAGAUAUUUCCGUCUGGACCAAAGUACACGUGUGUAUUAAUCCACUGUUGAAAAUAGUCCUCAACAAAUUUACCAUUUACUCCUCUUCGACUAACAUUCGCUAAAAACUACAAUGCCCAGCUGUUUUAGGAAAUUAGAGAGUAUUAUUUUAAUGCAUGAAACUACAUAUUUGUGUGCAGUUUUAGAAGGUUUACAUCUUCAGUUAGAACCAGUGGGCUGGAGGUUGAGUGCCACAUAAAGAUAAUUAUGAUGAAUCCAAAUGAUGAGACACUAAGUCAGAAUUUACAUUUUCUAAAUCAAAAUUAUGAGACCUGUCAAAGUUAGGUAGUAAGUCAAAAGUAUGAUUUUUUUUAAAUCACAACUAUGACAUAAUAAAAAGAGCUAAGUUUAGAAUGAGUAUUAUUGCCUGAUUUAUCAUAUCAAUUUCUGUUUUUAUGUAUUUAAAAUACAAUUCUUUUUUUUUUAUUUUUUUUUUUUACCCAUGUCAAAAUGUUGAGAUGGAAGUUAUAAUUAUGAAAUGAUAAGUUGCAAUGUUUCAAUCUGACUUAAAAGUCAAAAUGUUGACUGAUCUCACAGUUAUUGGAGCUCAAACUACAAGUCGAUUAAUUAAUUGAUCUGCAGAAAAUGAAUCUUUAACUAUUUUGAAAAUUGCGUAUUCAUUCAAUAGUUUUUCAUGCACAAGCAUCCAUCAAACACACUUAAACUAUAAUUUAAGAAAUUAUAUUAAUGUUAUUUCCAAAUCAGAAGGAACUCACUGUAUUCGUAAAUAGUAUAAUAGUGAUAUUUUGUGUUUUAUCACAAACGCAGAAUCCUGGAAGAAAGGAAGUAUGAUGAGUACUACUGUAGGCCAUAUUCAUUCUCGUGGAACUGUAGUUGUUAGUUUCUUUCUUGACAUGUUGAGGUUGUGUUUUUAGUCACUGCUGCCAUCUAAAGAGCGGAGCGUGUACAGCACGUCUUAACCCGGACGUGUCAAGUCAGUUGCAGUUUUUAAAUCAAACUUCCACAUGUUUUUUGAGAAAUUGUAGCAACUCUAAAAGUAUAUAAAAACAUAUCUAUUUGUUGGUAACUUCUACUUUUGACAAAAAAUGAUAAGUGUUGGCAAAUCUCAAAACCCAAAACCAACUGCCCGUCUCUCACAACUGAUGACUUAUCAAAGAUGAAGAAAACUAAAUGACAUUUUUUAGUAUCAAUUGCUUUACAUUUGAGGAUCACAUAUUACUCAGGCUUUUUUACGUAUUCAGCAACAUAUAUUUUAAGAGAAAGUGAACCUAUCAGUAGUUUACUUAGAAGUGGGGUAAUGUUUUGUUUCAUGCUUUUUUCUCUUUCUGAAACAUAAUAUUCUGUAUUGAACGUGAUAUUGUUUAUUUUUCAUAUAUUUCUUCUGAUUUGUAAAAUACUUUAACUGUGAUAUCAGCCACUUCGGUCCGAUGUCUCACACAUGCCACUCGCUCCGAUGUUGUAAGUUAGUGGUUCAACCUGAGGCACGGGACCCCGCUGAGGGGUCCCAAGAUGAUUGAAGGGAUAAGAAAACAACAAAAAAACAUCAAUAUGCUUUUCAAAAUAUAUGUUUAUUUGUAUAUACAGUGUACAAUGAAUUUGUCUGCCCUUUUGGUAUAAGUAGACUGUUUAGUUUUUAAGGGUCCUGAGCCAAAAAUGUUGGAAACCACUAUUAAAUUAAAACACUUUAGUGUCUAUGUAAAUGUUUUCAUUAUGUAAGACUUUCUUCAUGUGUUUGACAAAGCUUUAUGGCGUUUAAACUCAUUAAACGUUGUACAUCUGCAA